AUGUCGUUACGGAUUGCAGUGGGCCAAUUGUGCUCGUCGCUGAACAUCGCUGCCAAUGCGCGCAUUGUCAAGAAGCUUCUCGCUCAGGCAGCCGCCCACAAAGUCCAGGUGCUUUUUCUUCCUGAAGCCACCGACUACCUCUCCAAAAAUGCAGCCCAUUCGUUGAAUCUCGCCAAAAGGGUCCACCAGGAUUUUGUGGAGGAGAUCCAACGGGAGACCAAGCGCUUGGGCCUGUUGUACGUGGCGGUAGGGAUCCACGAGCCCACAGACGGCGGCAAGCGGGUCCGCAACAACCAGCUCUGGAUCGACCCUCACGGCGUGAUUGUGGAGACCUACCAGAAAAUCCACCUAUUUGACGUGGACAUCAAGGAUGGGCCCACUUUGAAGGAGAGCAACUCGGUAGAGCCUGGCUCCAGGGUGAUUCCCCCUGUGGGUACGGGUGGCAGCGACGCCUUCCAGGUGGGACUCGCUAUCUGCUACGAUAUUCGGUUCCCUGAGCUAGCACUUCGGUUGAGACGGUUGGGGGCAGAUAUCAUCACGUUUCCGUCCGCGUUCACGGUCAAGACGGGUGAGGCCCACUGGGAGGUGUUGGCAAGGGCCAGGGCUAUCGACACCCAGAGCUAUGUGGUGAUGGCAGCGCAGUGCGGUGAACACGACACUGAGGCUGACCUGGAGGCCAUGAGCUAUGGCGAGUCGCUAAUUGUGUCGCCAUGGGGCGAGGUGGUUGCGCGGCUAUCGAAGUUUUCUGCGCGUGGGCCUGCUGAUAGCGACGGCGACUACUACGAGUUGGGGGUGGCCGAUCUUGAUAAGGACAGCUUGGAGCAAAUCCGUCGCAAUAUGCCGUUGCUUGAGCAUCGGCGUCCCGAUGUGUUUGGGUACGAGAUCUAA